AUGCCUCCUCAUUCAUCUCAUCUUCUUCAGCCUCUAGAUGUAGGGUUUUUUUCAGUGUUGAAGCGCUUGUACGGGGCCGCCGUUGAGAGCCAGAUUCGGUUUGGGAUUUACAAUGUUGAUAAGCUGGAUUUCUUAGAUAUGCUUUAUAGCGUAUGGAACCAAACUUAUACCACACAAAAUAUUAAGGGCUGCUUCUCACCCACUGGGAUUGUACCAAUAAUCCGCAAAAAGUCCCAUCUCAGUUGCAAAUUGCUAUCCGGGAGGCUACUCCAGCCUCAACUCGCCCUAGCACGUCAAGCAACAGCAUCUGGAGCCCAAAAACGCCUUACAAUGCCCCUAGGGAGAACCUUAACCUACACGAAGCAAAUGAUAUCUUACAGAAGCGCCGUACUCGCCGUACAAGAGCCCUACAAGCCGAUUGUAUUUUUACAGUUGCUGAAGGCCGAGAGCUUGCUCAGGAGCUCCCUAAGAGGCCAGAUCCCCUCCUCCACCACCCAAUGGGAGCGUGCCUUUACAGCCAGCUCAACGGGCUCCCCCAAGGAGUUGUAA